GGAUUGAGAACAAAUUACAUCAACAACCAGUCCCUCCCUCGCCACUACGGAAGACUCUAUUGCAAAUGAGAAAACAGAAAUACACAAACUAUCUCACAACAUGAAGUCUACAUAAACUACACAACAUCAUAUCACAUCGUCAAGUUCUUUUUCCUCCUCUUUCAUUUGAUUUGAAUUUCCCAGAAACCGAAAACCAAGUCAGUGGUACUGGAGUAAUCAUAUCAACAUUCCACAAAGCACUCACACAUAAAAUCAGUGUUUGAUUAUUACCAUACUCCGUCAGAUAUUACCCCUCAAGACAAAUAUUUGGAAGGCCCGUUCUUUUUCUCCAGGUGGUCCAUCUAUUCUAAACUGCCCUUCACUACACGGACCAUUUGUUAUUUCCUCUCCGGCUUCCCCUCCCUUCUGGUGUCCUUCUGGUUUCAUAAUCGUCUAGACUUCUAAUAUCGACCGCGGAUGCAACCCCAUUUAGAGCUUUUUUUUUUGGAUCAUUCUCUUCCUUGGAUUACCUAGGAUCUCAUUAUCAUACCUCGGAUCAUCCUGCCUUUUGGUCAACUUCACAAGGAAAGAAAGGAAAAUUGGAAAUAUACGCUAAAAUAUUCGACCCCUCGCAGCAGAAAAGUAUCCGGAAAAGCUACUCGUGGCUACAAACAGACAAUACUUCUAGCCACUGCUGCCCACAGACCAAAGCCAAAAAGUUAUAAUCCACCACACCACCACCAUCCUUCAUCCACUCAUCCACUCAUCCACCCUUUCACUCAACCCACUUAUUAUUACAUCCAUUCAAGAUCCACACACCACACUUUUGUUUCUUGAUUUCCCUUUUCCCCUCCAAACCCUCCCUCGAACAAUCAACCUUCACUUAUCGAUAAAAAUCCCUCCGCCACAUUCUUUCAACACAACCAGACCGUUCGAAUAACAACACCGACAGUCGACAGUCGGCAGUCGACCAUUUCACCAGUAGUGUUACUUACCUACUAUAUUAAUAUUCUAAAGUGUCACUUGAAUCAUCGCCGCUUACAUCUCCGAUCAACACAACCUUGGAUUUACAUAAACUAUCUUAGCAUACCCGUCGAUUGAUCAACAUCGAACCACUAGCUAGUUAGGUUCGCGACGGCCCGCACAACCACUACAAUUUAUUAUUACCUCUUCACUCAAACUACAAAAAGUUUGACACGACGCCGUCCAACCUUAAAAAUCAAUUGAAUUUGGUGCUUUGACGUUGAAUCGCUUCUUCGUCUGCGUCGUCUGCAUAGAAAUCAUAUAAACUUAACAGGUUUUUCUGCAAUUCAUUAUCGGUAGUCCAAUCCGGAAUAUUCUUCAAGAAGUUGUGAGGUGGGACAUAGCCUGGGCGAAGACUUCCCCCCCCCCCCUCCACCAACCCAUUUUCAAGGAUAUCUUCACUCCGACAUUCUCUAAUCGAGAGUCGUGGGUGGGAGAUAAUUCCUUGCAAGAGACAUCCCGAUGCCUCUUCGUACAAGGGGUCAAACAACUCGAAUAAGCAUUUCACAUACUCCUAAUACCCAAAGUCCAUAUACUACUCCAUCACACUCUACUUCAAAUUCUAGAUCCAAUUCAUUCUCCGAGGGAUCGUCGGGUCACAUUCGCUCAGACGACAGUCAGGAAUUUUCUGAUAAUUCCCAAGACUCUUGGAACGGAUUAGAUUAUUCAGACGACAUCGAACCCUCUGAAUCUGCUUCACGGCCACGCGCACAGGCAAGAUACAUAGACAGAGGGCAAAUUAGUUCCCGAGAACAUAGUGCAGGUCGACCAGCUCCUAGUGAACGUGCGCACUCGAAUUACGAUCGUCCAGCACGCCGUCAUACUCCGGCCGCUGAACGAAACCACCGCCCACCUAUAUCUAGAGUGCACCGGCACACAGCACCGGGACCAGUAUCAACCGUGGAGCAAUUAGAUGAUUUUUCAGGCUAUGGCCGAGGCUAUCCUGCUCAACAAACCGCUCCGUAUGGUGGUAGAGUAGCGCCUGCGCCUGGAUAUGCCUCAAAUGGAUACCCCGCUAGUGCAAGUGCUCAAUAUGCACCCCCGUUUGGCAAUCCCGCUGUCGCUCCCCCUCCAGGCUCUGGCCCAGGAGCUUUAACACACUAUGGUGGCGGAUAUCCUCAACAACAAUACAACCAAAGUUCAAAUCCAUUUGCACCACAAAGCCAGACUUCAUUUGCGCCACAACCAUCUCCAAGCCCAGGCGGAGCUAGCUAUUUCAACAGCCAUAGUAGACACGAUCCAAUGGCAUCUAGACACGAUCCAAUGACGUCUAGACACGAUCCAAUGACGUCUAGGCAUGAUCCAAUGGCAUCCAGACAUGAUCCAAUGGCAUCUAGACAUGAUCCAAUGACUGGGCACAGUGGACACAACACCCCUUCUGGAUAUCCUGGCCAUGCUAAUCAAGAGCUUAUGCAUUAUGCACCUCAGCAAGGUUACCCCGGGAAUCAGCCAUAUGGCGGAGGUCAAGGCUAUCCAGGGUACCCAGCAUAUAUGCCACCUGCUAUGUCUCCGGGAAUGUCUCCAGGUAUGUCUCCAGGUAUGUCUCCAGGUAUGUCUCCCGGUAUGCAAGCACUGCAGCAUGGACAUCAUGGACAGCAGCAUGGACAGCAGCAUGGGCAGCAUGGGCAGCAAAAUAUGGCAAUGGCUCCAGCAGGGAUGCAAUACUUCCCUCCUCAAUUUUCCCCGCCAGCUCCUGAGCCAGCUCCAGCUUCCCCACCAGUACCAGUAAUUGAUAUUGAGAUGGAGAAGAAAAUGGUGUUGAUGGAGGAGCAAAUGAAAAACGCUAAGAUAGAGUCUGAUAGGGCUAGAGAGCAAGCAGAGGCCGCCCAAAAAGCAUCUGAAGCUGCACAGAAAGCAUUGGCCGACAAAGAGGCACGAGAACUCAAAGAGAAAUUAGAAGCCGAAGAAGCUGCUGCUGCUGCACAAAAGCUAGCAGAUGAGAGGGCAGAAUGGGCAAGGAAAGCCAAUGAAGCCCAAGCUGCAAUUGAGAAGAGAGCAGCCGAGAAACAAGCUGAACUAGAAAAAAGGGCUGCAGAUAUGGAGGCCGAUUUAAAAAAGAAGGCCGCUGAAGCUGAAGCUGAUUUGAAGAAACGAAUGGAAGAAGCUCAAACGUUACUAGCGGCUAAACUUGCACAGGAAGCAAAAGCAGAGAAAGAGGCAGCUGAUGCCGCUGCACAAGCUGCUUUGAGGGCUGAAUGGGAGAAGAAGGCAUCAGAAGCACAAGCAGAUUUAAUGAAGAAAGCUGCAACAAUGGAAGCAGAUCUCAAAAAGAUGGCUGCCGAUAAUGAAGCUGAUUUGAAAAAGAAAAUGGAAGAGGCACAAUCAGCAUUGGCGACCAAAUUAGCGAAAGAAGCUAAGGAUGCCGCAGACGCUGCAGAGGCCGCCCAGGCCGCAGCUAUUAAAGCUGAAUGGGAGGCUAAAAUCGAAGCUGAGAAACAAUUGGCAUUGGCGAAGGGCGCCGCGGAUGCAUUGAAAGCUAGGGAAGAAGAAGCAAAAGCUAGGGCAGCCGAAGAGGAAGAAGCAAAGAAAAAAGCAGAUGAGUUAGCCGCCGCUAUCGCCGCCGCGACCGCGGCUGCGACUGCGGCUGCAAAUGCUGCUAAUCCACCGCCACCACCUGCUCCACCAGUGGAUGAGAAAAAGAAGCCUAUCAAGUUCAAGGAUGCCGUAGGCAGAAAGUUCAGCUUUCCAUUCCAGUUGUGUGCAACAUGGGCGGGCAUGGAAGAGUUGAUCAAACAAGCUUUCCUUCACGUCGAUAUUAUUGGUCCCCACGUUCAAGAAGGUCACUAUGAUUUGAUCGGACCCAAUGGUGAGAUUAUUCUACCCCAAAUAUGGGAAACAGUGAUUGAACCCGAUUGGGCGAUCACUAUGCAUAUGUGGCCAAUCCCAGAACCGCCAAGGCCAGCACCUCCAACUGGACCUCCUGGACCACCCCCAAUGAAUCCAAAUGGUAGGCCCCGAAGUUCUCAUGGAUAUUCUCAUCAUCAUUUUCCUAACCGUCUUCCAACAGCACCUCCCAAUGGCAUCCGACCUCCUGGGCCUCCCCCUGGUGUAGCUAUGCCACCUGGACCUGGACCUAGACCACCGCCACCGCCACCCGGGCCUGGGUCUGGAGGCCCUCCUCCUCCUCCCUUUCCUCCCUUUAUGUCUCACCCAAGCGGCCCACCAGGUCCAAGAAUCGUAACGGUUAAGCCAAAAAAGAAGGUAGAAUCCGGAGUGCUGGGAUGGAUGGCAGGCAAGAGACCUGCGCCUUCAUCUAAAAGUCGAUCCAAAAAAUAAACAUCACGAAAUUUCGUGUAGCGUGAAACAUCAUCUAAAUCUUCAUUGUUCCUAUGAACGCUUGGAGUGCCAUAAUCAUAGCGACGACUUCCUGACUAAAAAAGCUUCUGGUCUCAAGAUUCCUUGCCUAGAGCUGGAUCCAGGUCACAUAGAUUCCAUAUGUCAACUUUAGCUGGGAGGCAGUAUCUCAAAAGCUAGAGCUGUUUUCUUUUGUGAGUUUUUGUGUGGGCGACGGGUUGCGUAUUCUCGAAUCCUUAAUUUUUGUUCAGAGGCAUAGAUCUUUCUACCUCGGAGAGGCGGGCCGUUUCGUCUACACAAAAGAUGAAGCUAAUAUGUUCACGUUUCUUCAGUAUUUUCAAUGUUUUUUUUUCCAUCUAGCUAAUGUCUUCUAGCGUGUUUUUUGUUUUGUUUUGUUUUUUUGUUUUUUUUAAUAUUUCGGGGGUUUCUCUUUUGAUACCAUCUUGGGAUAUACAAAUUUCCUAUUGCUCAUUUAACUCCUGUUUUGCUUUUGGAUGAAGGACAAAUUUUGGGCGGGAAAUGGAGAUAUGACACCAAAUGAUUACGAGCAGAUGAGAUAAGAACUUGAACGAGAGAUGAAAGGGAUGGAUAGUAUUGGAUAGGCAGGGAAAUGGAUGGCGCAUCAUUUCUUGUUUUAUAUUUUUAUGGCAUGAAAUGGUGUUGAGAUUUUUUGAUGGGGCAUUACUUACAUCUUCUUAUUUUUGGCUGUGGUUCCUAGUUUGUCUAUCAUUGUUAUAGAAUGUUUAUAGGACUACGACUAUUCUGUAUUUGUUUCUAGCCUGUCUCCUUUGUUGCAGAUUCGAGGUACAGCAAUGCAUGGGGGAGAAGCUUAAGAGGUCAAUUUGAGUGGAAGAUUAAAUAGGGAGGGGAUGAGAGGAACGCAAGCAAUUGGCAAUGGAAGAUAUUUGUAUUCUUUUUGGGGGAGAGAGAAGGGGAAGAUCAAGAUGCUGGAAGUGAAGUGCAGUGAAACGGAGUACAGUAAUAGCUUUUACACAAACAAAAUAUCUUUACAUCUUUAAAAACA